GAAGGGACUCUGUUGCGAUGGAAAAAACCGCACAAGAUACAGCUCUUAACAAAGUACACAUGCUUGUUGCCUGCGGCAGAGCGUUUUUGGCAGCGACCUGCAGACAGACUUUGCAGGAUAUUGACUGCUUUUUUUCAUUGAGUAUGGCAAGGCUUCGGGUUUCCAGCACCGUGGUUGUGAUUUUCAUUACGAUUCAGACGGGAUUAUUACUGUUCAUGUAUGCUCGGCACAGCAGCUUCCUGCCUCACUCUGAAGAAAAGCCAUCUCAGGUUCACAUCCUCAUUCUCUCCUCCUGGCGAUCGGGAUCUUCCUUCGUUGGCCAGCUCUUCAGCCAGCAUCCUGACGUCUUCUACCUGAUGGAGCCUGCCUGGCACGUGUGGGUAACUAUGUACCAGAACAGUGCCAGAGUCUUACACAUGGCAGUGCGAGACCUAGUCAGGUCUGUCUUUUUAUGUGACAUGUCCGUGUUUGAUGCAUACAUGCCUUGGAAGCGAAAUUUGUCCGAUCUCUUCCAGUGGGCAGUGAGUCGGGCUCUCUGCUCUGCUCCUGCCUGCGAUUCUUUUCAACGCAUGGAUAUCACAAAUGAAAUGGCCUGCAAGACUCUUUGUGGCAAAUACCCAUUCAGCAAAGUAGAGGAAGCUUGUAAAACCUACAGUCACGUUGUCAUCAAGGAGGUCCGAUUCUUUGAUCUGAAGGUUCUGUACCCGCUUUUUACUGACCCCUCCUUGAACCUCAAAAUCAUUCACUUGGUGCGUGACCCCAGGGCUGUAGUUAAGUCACGAGAACAAUCUGUAAAAGCCUUAGUCCGUGACAACGGAAUAGUUCUCAACACCAAUGGCACUAAAGUGGAGGACAGCAAAUACCUAGUCAUGCAGGAAAUUUGUAGAAGUCAUGUGCAGAUUUAUGAAACAGCUACUCAAAAACCUCCUGAUUUCCUGAAAAAUCGUUAUUUGAUGAUCCGUUUUGAAGACCUUGUAAGAGAUCCCCUGUCAGAAAUCUCAGAAAUGUAUAAAUUUGCAGAUCUCAGUUUGGCCCCCAGGCUUGAAAGCUGGAUUUAUAAUAUUACACAUGGACAAGGACCAGGAAAGAAAAAGGAAGCCUUUAAAAUCACCUCCCGUGAUGCAGUCAAUGUUUCUCAGGCCUGGAGAAAUGUUCUUUCCUUCCAGAAAAUUAAGAAAAUACAAGAAGUCUGCAGAGGUGCUAUAAACAUGCUUGGCUAUCAACUAGUGGAUUCAGAAAAAGAACAGAAAGAUUUGUCAUUGGAUUUAGUAUUGCCAAGGCGAAGAAACCAGUUCAGCUGGUCAUCAUUCAGUCCAAAGAACUAAUCCUUGCGAGAUUUUGUUGGAAGUUUUAUCUACUAUGUGACGUGUAAUAACUUGCAAAGAUGUGACUGUUGACUUUAAUUCUGGCCCUAGCUGCUGUUUCUCCAAGUAAUGGAAACAUUUCUUUUCCAGAUUCACACACUGCAGAAUGUGGGGGAAAAAAUAAAUGCAGCAAGAAACUUGUCAGUGUGCAGACUUAUGGCUGAGACGAGCUGGUCUGAAUGUUGUCUAGUUAAGAUCAUGUAGAGGUUAAGCUAUACCUUUCAGUGGUGAAGGAAAAGACUUCUAAUUAUUUAUUGCCAAUAUGACAACUUUUAGAUGUUUGAGAAUUUUAUCAUCAUCUCCAAAAUUGAUGUCAAGGAAAUGAUUGUGACAGAAACUUCCCACUUACUUCACAUUUAGGUGUUCCUGGUAUCCCCUGAUCUGCAACUUUAUUUCAAGAGCUAUCACACAGCUGUGUGUUUUGAAAACUUGUCUUACCCUUUUAGUUUGUUUUCAUUUUCAGUAACAGAAAUCCUUGAAGAAACUGGACUGCUUCUAACUAAAUUAUUUUGGUUCAGUCGUGAAAGCGGCAACUGGAUUUUGCUAGUAAGUUUCCCCGUGCUUCUGUCUGAGUAGCAGAAUCCUCCUUAGGCAUUUCAGCGAGUGACCAGAGAGGUUUGCAUGAGAGUAUAAAAUCCCAAAGCAUAAUAGUAGGACAAGUGGAAUCAUUAUGGCAAAAGCCUAGAAAGACCAGCUGGGUUAUUUGCUCCAGCCUCUAAUUCCAUGAUAUAGAAUAGGAAUGUUUUUGCUCUUAGAGUGUAACCCAAGGUUUUUUUUUUAAAUAACUCUCUACUUGUAGCACUGAAUGGUUAAUAAUUAAUUAAAAUCACCAACAGAUUUAAGAUGUCUACCUUGGACAUCCUGGAUGUUUGCCUUGGAAACUUGGGUGUUAUUUAUACUGCUGUAUAAGAUUAUUCGGUACAAACAGGUUUCAAAGUAGAAAUAAAGAUUUUUUUUUUUAACCCUCUG